GGGCAGUUAAGGUGGAGCAGUAAUUCUACCGUGGAAACCAAAGCGUCGAGCAAGAAACGCCCGCGGACAGCAAUCUUCUUUCCUGGCCAAGGUGUCCAACGCGUCGGCAUGCUCCAACCCUGGCUCUCCACCUUCCCUCGCACCGCCCAACCCUUCCUCGACGAGCUCGACGCCCUCCUCCCCAUGACCCCCUCUCUCACCUCCAUCAUCCAAUCCGGCUCCAACGCUACCCUCACCGCCACCGCCAACUCCCAGCCCGCCAUCAUGGCCACCUCCGUCCUCAUCCUCCGCAUCCUGCAACAGGAGUUCGGCCUCGACCUCCCCGGCCGCGUCGACUUCACCCUCGGCCACUCGCUCGGUGAGUUCGCCGCCCUGGUCGCCGGCGGAUACCUGGCGUACGCGGACGCGGUGAAGAUGGUGCGGGCGCGCGGCGAGGCGAUGGCAGCGUGCUCGGUUGAGGCGCGAAAGGUCGCCGGCGACGUGGGCAUGGUGGCACUGGUGUGCGAGGACGAAGGGCGGAUGAAGGAUCUGAUCCGCGACAUCACGGAGUUCGUGACGGCGGGGCAAGGGAAAUCGGACAGUGCGGAGGACCUGGCGCCGGUGCAGCAGGUGUUAAUUGCGAACGUCAACAGCCGGAAUCAAAUCGUGCUGAGCGGGACGAUCGAGCGGAUUCGGGCGCUAUUGACGAAUUUGAGGCAGUUUGGUGGACAUGAUCCGCGGGCGGUGCGGUUGAAGAGUGAUAGUCCGUUUCACAGCCCCAUGAUGGCGCCGGCGGAGAAGUCGGUGCGGAAGCUGCUGAGCGAGAAAAGUUGCGUGACGGGUGGGGAUAUGGUGGCCUUCCCGGGCGAUUUGAUCGCCAUUAGCAACAUCACGGCGCAACCGUUCCGGAGCAAAGCGGACGUGGAAGAUUUGCUGGCUCGACAAUGCGUCGAGACGGUGCAGUGGUGGGAGAGCGUGCGGUACUUAGACCGCGAGGAGAAAGUUCGGCGAUGGAUUGGCGUGGGGCCGGGCAAGGUUGGGAGGAACCUCGUGGGCAAGGAGGUUGGUAUGAAAGGCGCCGGGAAGGGCGGAGGCGUCUGGGGCAUCACGAGUCCGAAAGAAGCGGAGGAAUGCAUGCGAGGAUUGGAGCAGACAGAAGAAGCGGGAGAGGAA